CUGAUCUCCUCAGCCCGAGAAACAAAGACGAGAGAGAGAGAGAGAAAGAGAGAGAGCGGGGGAGGGGGAGAUCGAGAGAGAUCUUCUUCAUUCCUGAAAUCGGAGGAUACGAUACUUGUUCAUUUGAAAAUGGUUGGCGUAGAGACGGGAAGGAAGGCCACGCUUACGCCGCCGUUGUCACUUGAAAAAGGAUUAGCCGCGGAGCACCGACCACCUAAUAUGUUCCAUCGAGUCUUGAGCCUAUUUCGUAAUGUACGGCCAGGAUCAGAUCUCACCAAUUUUCAGCUUCCUCCAAUUUUCAACAUGCCAAAAUCACAGCUGCAGUGCUAUGGUGAAUCAGUUUACUGCACAAGUGAAGAUAUUUUAACGAAAUGUGCUCGUGGUAAGAACAGCCUUGAAAGAUUUAUUGCUGUAGUUGCCUGGGCUAUAUCAACAACCAGGCCUGUGAUCUUCGGCUGGGCUCCUUUCAAUCCUGUUCUAGGAGAAACUCAUCAUGUCUCUAGGGGAAACCUUAAUGUCCUCCUUGAGCAGGUCUCACACCACCCUCCUGUUUCUGCAUUGCAUGCAACUGAUGAAGAGGAGAGACUAGAACUGAUUUGGUGCCAAUUCCCUGUUCCCAAGUUUCAUGGAAAAAGUAUCAAAGCUAGUGUUAAUGGGAAGAGGCAUCUGAAGCUUUUAAGCCAUGGAGAAAGCUAUGAAAUGAAUUCCCCUGACCUUUUCUUCAAUCUAUUUCCAGUGCCUGGAGCAGACUGGGCUGGCACUGUUUCAAUUCUGUGCAAAGACUCAGGACUUGAGGCAGAGCUAAUCUUCUAUAAGGCCCACUCUUUCUUAGGCUUUGGUGGGAAUUCUAGAUUAAUCAAAGGCAAGAUUUUUCACUCCAAAUCAUCCAAAAUCAUCUAUGAGAUUGAUGGUCAAUGGGACAGAACUAUUUUCUUGAAGGAGGUCCAUAGUGAGAAGACCUCUGUUCUAUAUGAUGCUAGACAAACCAUCCUAAAUCUCAAAACUCCAAUUGUAAAAAACCUCCAGGAAGUAAAGCCAACAGAAUCAGUAGUGGCAUGGGGAGAGGUAAUCAAGGAUAUACUAGAAGAGGAUUGGGAGAAGGCAAGAGAUGAUAAAAGGGAGGUGGAGGAGAGGGAGAGAAGGCUAAGAAAAGAAAGAAUUUGCAAAGGAGAAGAUUGGGUUCCAAAGCAUUUCAAGAUUUCUCAAAACAAGGAGGGUCAUUGGGAGUGCUGGCCUUUGGAAUCCUCAGUUCCACCAUCUCCAAUUAUUGUUCCUCCAUGAACAAAGAAAAGAGGAUGAAGAAGCAAAUUAGGAGAAAUAAUGGGGGAUGUUUGAUUUUCUUUCUUGCUACUUGAUUUUAAUCAACCUUUUAUUGACAGUUAACUGAUGCGAUAAGGUUGAGUAUGUGUAUACUUCUAAAUGUAAAACAUUUUAAACUCCUUGCAUUUAUAGAACAAAAGUGAUUAUUAAUCCAAUAUUCAAUUCUAUUUAGU